AUGUCAUCGUCUUCAAAGCGCCACUACAACAAAAAGCAGGCUGGUUAUCCUGCACGCCCGCUUUCACCCCAGUCAUCCGAGACAGAUUCGAAACCAUCGCAAUCGACCAUCUUUGAAACCACUGCAUCCGAUAUUCCUACUCCACCUUUAUCCCCCGUCACGGUGCCCGAAGAGGUGCCCUCCUUUACCAAGCCUGAUCCCGCUUCGCUCGAAGCCAAUUCACGUAUUUUGAAUGCCAAGCGCGAUAACAAUCUCAAGGCGGUCAUGACCGAAUUCGGUACCAUGAAGAAACGUCGCAUCCCUUUGACCUACCACACCUAUAACCUUGUGCUUGACUCGCAAUGCACACUUCGUCGUGAAGGAACUCCUCUCACUCAAUUGCUCAAAGUGUACGACGAAAUGCUAAGGGUUCACAUUCGACCCAACAGCUAUACUUACACCGUGGUAAUCCGUGCUCUAUGCAAGCGUGACGUCGAAGUGCAAAAGACAGUGGCCAUGUUGAAGCGUCAAAGCCAGCGUACCGGUUAUCCGUGCGAUGACAUGAAGACCUUGCAAAAUGAAAAGAAUCUCGAAAAGGCCUUGCAAGUAUUCCGUCAAGCCGCCGUUGAAGGUCUUGUUCAAGAACUUGACGUUGAAGUGUACAAUCAACUGCUUCGUGUACUGUCCCACUACAGUAACACGAGCGAUGCCCUCUUUGUGUUUGAGAAACUGGACCGAUCGGCUCAUGCUUCGCCCAAUUCCGCCACCUUUGCUGCUCUCAUCAAUCUGUUUGGUCGUUCGGGUGAUAUCCAUGCCGCUCGCUCGUAUUUCCAAAAGUACUGCGCUGUCAAGUCGACCUUAGGCCCUCACGAUGCUUCCUACGUUUACAAUGCGUUGGUCGAUUCGCAUCUCAAAUGCGGUCAACUCGAGAAUGCCUUCAAGGUAAUUGAACGUGAUAUGAAGCAAGACGGAGUCAAGAUGACCGCUAUUCCCUACAACUCCAUUAUCCGCCAUUACUGUGCGCAAGGUCAGAUGGACAAGGCCAAGGAACUCCUUUCACAAAUGGAAACCACCGGGGAGCCGAUGCCCGAUGCCAGCAGCUACGGUCCUGUUCUUGCGGCUUACUGCCAUUUGGGCCACUUUGAAGAAGCGUCUGGUAUCUACGAAGCAUUGCUCAAGACCGACAUUGCCAAAGCCUAUGGUAACCUUGCCAACUACGCCUUGCUCUGUGUUGCCAAUGAUCGUAGUGACAAGGCCCUGGAAGUCGUCGAAGACAUGCGCUCGGUGGGCUUGGAACCCGAACCCGUUCUUGCUCAACGUAUUGUCACCGGCUUUGCUGCCAAGCAAGAAAUUGCCCAAGCCAUCGGCGCUCUUCACACCGUCUUGACUGUGAUGUCGCCUCGUUCCGUUUCCAAGGGCAUGAAGAAUCUCAUUUCGGCCGCUUUGAAGAUCGUGGCUGGGUGCCAAUCAAGUCUCCGUCAAACCCUAUCUGUGGCUCACACCAUUGGCCAGAAAUGCCAUACCUUGCCUGCCAAUCUGGCCUCGUACGUGGUUGAAAGCUAUCGCCUCGACAAGUCCCACCGACGCCUGCUGACCGUCGCCGAUUAUGCCAUGCUCUAUGAUUCCACGCUUCUUUGCACCGAUGGAUCCUCCUGCGGUGAACUGGUCAUGGAUCUCUUGGACGACAUGCGUGACAAUGGUCUGAUGCCCAGCUCCAGCAUUUACUCUCGUGUCUUGGCGCAUUUGGAAAAAUCGGAUGAAUAUCAGGUCGUGGCCAUGUGGAAAGCUUGUUUCCAGCUCGACGAGGAAGACCAUGAGCUAGUCCGUCGUCCCAGAUCGCCCUGCAAGCCGGCGAUGACCCGUGAAGCCGAAGUGGCCUCCAGCAAGAUUAUGAAAGCCGUGAUGCAAGGUCAACGUGAAGUGGCUGUUUCCAUCCUUCAAACUCAAUUUGGUCUGUCCAUGGCGGUUCCGGUUCCCGAGGUGAUGCGCGAUGCGAUUGCUCUUGUGGGUAAGCAAGGGCAUAUGGCUACGGCUUUGGUGAUGUACGAUCUUUGCAUGCAGCACUUUGAAAACUUGAACGAUGCUGACCGCCCACGCGCCGUGUACAUGAUCUCCAACAGUCUCCUCAUUGGUUAUGCUCAGCAAGGCGAUAUGAUGAAUGCCAAAAAGUACUACGAUGCCAUCAAGGCCAUGGGUCAAUACCCUGACGGCAACGGUUACGCAAGUCUCUUGUUGGGUAGCGCCAAGUGUACCACCGAUGAAGCCAGUGAUGCUUUGACCAUCUACGAAGAAGCCAAACGCCACAAUGUCAAGCCCACGACUUUCUUUUACAAUGUGAUCAUCUCCAAGCUCGCCAAGGCCCGUAAGCUCGAUAUGGCGCUGGCGCUUUUCGAAGAAAUGCAGCAAUUCAAAGUGAUGCCCAACUCGAUUACUUACGGUGCCAUUAUUUCCGCCUGUGUCCGUGCCGGUUCCGAAUGUCAAGCGCGCCGCCUUUUCGGUGAAAUGUUGUCAAGCCCUUCUUAUCAAGCCCGUGUCGGUCCUUUCAAUAACAUGAUGCAGUUCUACGUUCAUCAGCAACCCAACCGUGAUCGUGUGCUGGAAUACUUUGCCGAACUUCGCCGUCGCCACAUCAAGCCUUCGCCGCACUCGUACCGAUUGCUCAUGGAAGCUUACGCCAGUAUGGCCCCUUAUGAUAUGCCCAAGGCUUACAGCAUGCUCGCUGAAAUGGAACGUGUCGACAGUCUUCGCCCGCAAGCUACCCACUAUGCUACCUUGAUCUAUUCCUACGGUACACUCCAGCGCGAUGUUCAAAGUGCCAAUCGCGUGUUUGCCGAAAUGCGCAAAGCCAAGGUGCCUGCGGACGAAGCCGUUUACCAAGCCAUGAUCGAUACCCUUAUCAGCAACGAUCAGCUGCACGAGGCCGAGAAAUUGUACGCAGAAAUGGUGGCUUCGAUUCCUCGCACGGGUUCGCCUUACAUCGAAAACCUGUUUAUCCGCGGUUACGGUGACAAGUCCAUGCUCGAUCAAGCCGAAGCCAUCUUCAAUGCCAUGUCCGACGACAAGCUCUCCCAAACCCCCUCUGUCGGUUGCAAGGUGAUCCGCGAACCCAGUACCUAUGAAGCUAUGGUCCGCAGCUACAUGCAAAACAACAUGGUCCAGAAAGCCAAAGCCGUCCUUGACCAAAUGGCCGAAAGAGUCUUUCCCGAAAAAGUCAUUGCUGCCGUAGCUGAUCUUGUCCUCGAGUAA